GCAACAGAUCAGACCAAGAUUCAAAUCCGGGCCCCCUAAAUCUCUAGUCAGGUGCUCUACCAACUGAGCUAUCUGGCCACCGUUGAUCGAACUUGUCUGACCACCACAUUUUCCCCUCUUUAAAUGUCUUGACAUUUUGACGACAUCAACCCAGGAUCUUUAUACCCUGACAGGAAUUUUUGUCUGUCAGUUCCAUGAGCUGGUGUAGGGCACCAAAUGUAACUAACAGGAAGGGAGAAAAUGCAACGAACCAGACUGGGAUUAGAACCCAUGCAAUAUUAAAAUAGUGUUGUGUGUGUAUAAUAAAUGCAUUUUCAAUGUUAUUUCAGGAAAAUCACUGGGAUAAAAUGUUUCAAAUAAUCAAAGAAUGUUUAGAAAAGAGUUCACAGAAGUGGGACAUUGGUGUUGAAAAUUCUCUAAGAAAGAAUGUUAACAUUGCUUGUAAGAGACUACAAAUUUAUGGAAAAGAUGCAGAAGAACUCAUCAAUUUGCAAGAAAUGCUGUAUGCCAUAUAUACAGCAGUUUCCAAAAAUGACAUGGCCAGAAAAUUCAUCAAAAAGAUUUUUGAUGCAGUUCUAUCUGAAGAUCAACAUGGGAAGAAUGAAUGGGAAAUGAUUGAAGAACAAAUCUUGGAUGUUGUCAAUGCAUUGGCAGAGGGUUUGACUGAAGAUAGAGACAGUCUGCUAAUGGUGUUUUGCCCAAAGUGUGUGGAUUUGAUCUUGAAAAAACAAGUGAACUAUCUUCAUGGAAUAGAGGUUCUUAAAGGAUGCAAUAUGAUAAUGGAAACCUGUACUUUGGCCACAAAAGAAAAGCUACUCCAGAGGACUGACAUUCCUGAUAAAUUAAGAGGUAUUGCAGCUAAAUUAGGGACUUUGGGAGAUUAUGAAUGUCAAGUUGGAAUACUAGAGUGUCUGUUUAGAAUUAUCCCAAGGAAGCUAAGAAUGAAUUUUGCAAAGAAAAUUUUUGGUGAUGGAAAAAUUCUACAUAAAUUCAUGCUUAUAAGAGAUGCUCACUUUGAAACUGACUGCAGAAUCUUUUUGAAUGAGUUCAAUGCUUCCCAGACCCAACAGCUAGUGUAUUCUAUUCCAUGUGCUGAAGCUGUAUUAGGAGAUAAAGAGCUUGUCAAGCCAGAUGAUGAUGAAUAUGAAUACUUUUGGGUAGAUUUUAAUACAGAGACAAAAAGAAUUACCUUAUUUUGUGAGCAGAUCAAUGAUUCAGAGAGGGACGGAGAUUUCUGGGAAACCAUUUCUGUCAGGAAUGAAGAUGCUAAGGAAGUCAAUUUUCAGAAGAGAAAUGGAAACGUAGAUUUAGAAAUCAUGUUUGAAAAACCUAUAGGAAUUCUGUUUCCAAGUCAGUCAUCAGUGAAAGGUCAGCACAUGCAUAUACAUUUCCCAUGUGAUGCUGAUAUUGAGUUAGUGGUAGACAAGACACUUCCAGAUUGUAGUAACGUCAUUCAGAACUCACAGAAGGUAUCUACAGUGGAGUUUCCUGUGAAAAUUUCGAGAGAUGACUUUCAGGAAAUGCAAAAGCCUAUUGAGAAGAAUAUCUGCAAAGUUUCCAAUCCCUGUACUCCCAUGCACUUAAUUCGAGACAGGCGGUGUACAGAGAGAACAGAGACUGGUCAUGACUACAUUGAUACUGAGUCAAACAAACAGAGGAUGAAAAAGGUUGACAAAGGUUCCACUCAUAAAAGCACCAGCAAAAUCUAUGAGAAUGAAGUUUCUGUGUCAUCAAAGGCAUCUAAUGCAGAAUCUCCACUGAAGAUCUCUUCAGCAUCACUCUAUUCAAGUGGUUGUGUUAAAAAGGAACCAAAAACAACAACUCCAAAGGUAGCUGGUAAAAAGAAAAAGAAAGUGAAAACGCCUGUGGUAACUGUAACUCCACCAGUGAAAAGGUUCAGAAGCAAUGUACAACUGAAACAGAAAACAGAAAGGAGAGAGAAGAAAAAAACCAGAGCAACUAGCACUAGUAAUGAUAUGAAGAGUCAUCUUGUUCAGCAGAGAGAGUGUUCACCUACCCUAUCGCACACUGGGAGAACCUGUCCACUGAACAGAUUUUUAGAUGAUGCUGAUACUGAGGUUGGAAAAGUGAGAGUAAUGAAGGAAGUUUCAGCAGCAAAAGUGUUACAUGAAGAGAAUUAUCAAACAGCUGGAUCAAACAAUGACAAGGAUUGUUUUGACAGUGACUUUGAUGCAGCAACUGGGGACAUGAUGAUAUUAAACAGUUCACAAGAUGUAAUUGUAAAAUCAAACAAUUUAAAAGCAUGUCUUGUUGAGAAAAAGAUGUCUGAAAUGAAGAUAAAAGGAGUUGGUCAUCAAAAUUCUGUGAAAAAAUAUGUUUGUGAAGAAGAUGGAAAUAGCAAGGAAUCAGUUGAAAGAAAAUCUGUGUUUGCUCUAGAUCACAGUAUUGACAGAAAUGCAACAGAAUCUUCAGCAACAAAUGUUCUGAAAAAUCCCAAACCAAGGAAGUUGUCUCCAAAUGAUGCAAAGCCCCACAAAAGUGAAUCAAUAGAGACAGUAGAGAGUACUUUACCAUCUAAUGACAAAGGACAAUAUACACUGAAUGCCGGGGAAAAUGCAUUACAUAAUGUUGAAAUGAAAAUGGAGCAGGCAGAACAAACAGUGGGAAAAGAAAUAAACUCUGAUACUAAUAAUGAUGUGUGUCUUUUGACAAGUGCAUGUAUCAAUGUCGUAUCUCGUGAUGAUGGUGCUUUGGGUGUAAGAAGUGAACAGGAAGCUGAAAGUGAUAUUGAUGUUAAAAACAAGAGAACCAGAAAAUAUGUCAAGAAAGGUAAGCCAUCAAAUGAAGUUGUUACUCAUAGAAAGAAUGUUGAAAAAAAGCAAGGGAAAAACAGAAAACCAGCAAAGGCAUGUUGUAAGCAACAAGAGUUUUCACCUGUUGUGGUUAUGAAAAGACUGGAUGUGGCAGACUAUUACAAUUUUGAGAGUGAUGUUGAUAAAAGGACAGAGAAAACAGCUGUUGAUGUCAACUCGGAUCAAAAUUUGAAAAGCUGUGGUAGACCAAAGGGGUCAAAGAGGUAUGCCAAGUCACAGUCUACUGUAGAGGAAAAGACCCUGAAAAACACUUGCACAGGAAGUCUGUUUUCUCUAUCUGAUAAAACAAAGCACUAUUCAAAUCUUAAAAACCAAAACAGAGAUGCCGUUAUUGAAUGGGAAAACAGUGUUGAAGAUAGUGAUUCUUAUAUUGACAUGAAAACCUCUAAGCCUCUUUCACUUGCAAAUGCAGAAGAAACGGGUAUUGAUAAAGAAAAUGAAGUAGAUUUUGUUCAGGAGAGCCAGAAUAUUGCCACAAAAGCUCGUAAGUUUGCAUGUGACAAGAGCCUAGAUACAGACCUCAGCUUUAAGGAAAGUCCUUGGUACAAAUGUGAGCCACAAAAUUCUAAAUAUAACACCAAGUGGUUCAAAACAUAUAGCAAAGUAAGAGGUAAACACAGACAGAUAACGGGAGGUAGCCAGGGUAUAGGGAGCAGUGGGGAUAGUCCAACUGUGCAGAAAUUUUCUCAGCAGAUGACAAAGACGCUAUCUGUGCAGAUGACUUAUUCUUCACAGUGUAUAUCCUCUCCUAGAGGAGAUGCUGAUAAUGAUCCAUAUAUCUUUGAUGACAAUUUUUCUGAAUAUAGCAACAAUUUAAUGUUGUCCUCUCAACAAAAGAUUAUCAAACAAAAAUCAGUGAAAAGGAAAAGGGGGAAAAGUAACAAGAAGUCAACUGGUCUUGUGGAUACAAAUAAAAAAAGCAAUGCAAACAAGGGUAAAGGUUCAAAAGAAGUAUUUGGAAAGAAAAAGGAAUCUAAAAAGGUGUCAAACAAGAGAGGAGACUCCUACAAAUGUGAUUCUAUCGAUGAAAGCAGUUUCAACAAUUAUAACUUCAAAAACCAAGAAAAAUCUGUACCUAAUUUACAUCGGAUAGAAAAAGUGUCCCAAGUAAGCAGAAGAAAUCCAAAGUCUAAACAUCCUGAAACCAUUGAUAGGCAAACAUAUAGACACAGAGGUUCUGAUGAUGACAGUGAUUAUGCUAUCACCUGUAAUGCAAGUCCUGUGGAAGGAUGUGAUAAUGGCUCCAUGACCAGUCCUGUAGAAUCUCAGUUAAACAGUUUGGAGUCAUGGAAACCAACAUAUACUUAUCCUUUGAUGAAUGAGACCAAAGAAAGCUAUGAUAAUAAUCUUGCAACAGACAGACCUAGUCCUUUUACAAGUCCAACUCCAAGGAAGAAACAGAAAUUGGGCGAAAACUCAAGUAUGAAACAGCUUGUGGAUCCAAGUCUUGUCAACACUUCAAGUAUCCACCCUAAAACUUCAGAAUCUAUUUUAUUGAAAUUCAGGAAAGAUUGUCAGAAACUGGUUGAAGAAUCUUUUUGCUCAGAAGAGAAUGAAGUUUUAAGAUUGCAGAACCCUUUAAUUCCUGUCAGUCCAUACAACAAACAGAAAGAACAGUAUGAGAUGGAGGAUCACAUUGUUUCCUCGCCAAGAUCAGAGAUUUCACAAGAAAGUCCAGAAUCCAUUGAAAGUAUUUGUAACCCCUUGAAGUGGAAACAUAAAGAAAUGGAGUGCAAUUCCUUUAUAGAAGAGGAUCAAGAUGAGACUGUGUGUGAAGUAAAUUGGUUGAGAGGGUUUCAGGCAACACACCGACAAGAAAGAAGUGAUGACAUAAGAAAAGAUAUGCCAGUAUCCAUUAGUACUGCAUCAUCGCAAGAUAUAGAUAGUGUAGUAUCAGAGAAAAUGAGUUCAUUUGGAGUUGAAGUACAGCAUCAAAUACAGGCAAAGAAAGUACAACUUGACUCUCUGACAAAGGAUACUCUACAAUCUUUGAGGAAGAUAUGUUUAAAAUGUGACAAAGAAACAAGGGAAAUGAGAACUAAGUGUAUUGAAGAAUUUCAACAGAGAGUAUCAUUGGAGUUGAAAGAUUUAGAGAAGGAUGUAUCAAGUCUAAAGAAGACGGAGGAUGAAUGCCUGUUAUACUUUGAAGAAAAACUAAGAGACAUACAAAGACAUACUCGCUCCCAAGAAAAGAGUAUACAGAAUUUGGUGGCAGCAAAAGAAAGCUUUGUAAAGCAACUGCAUCACAGUGAAGAACAUGUAAAGAAAUCUCAGUUCACAGUAAAGAAUUCCAUGAAAAAAGAGCUUGAUGCACUAAAGACAAGAUUAAUAUCUAGAAAAGAACAAGAAGACCUGGAUAACAUCAAACUAUGUCUUCAGAGAUCCUUUUCCAUUGGAUAGUGAAGAUGUGAUUCUAUUUCUUAUAACACAGAACAUGUAUUUUAUUUUUAUUCCAUAACAACACAUUAUGCAAUACAGUGAAACUUCUCCAAACCGGCCCCUCAGAAAACCGGUUCUCCCUGAAUAUCGGCCGAUUUUUAAAGUCCCGGCAGAAAUCUUAACAUUUCCUUACAAAGAAAGUCUUACAAAACUUAAAGUCGGCCCCUGAAAACCGGACAUCGGCCACUUUUUAAAGAACAUUUGUUAACAAACGUGUAAUUUACCCUUAUCAUACCAGCCACUUUUUGAAGAGAAGAAAAUUUUUACCAGAAGGUGAUCAAGAUCGGCCAGGUGUGCAAUUGGACUGACCAACAUGCCUGGUGGGAAAUCAUCCACUGGAUUUUCUAUUGUUUACCUGUGCUUUCAAGGGUGUUAAGUGACACUAGGCUAAACCAAGUGACCCUUCCAAAUACUGCACAAAAUGUAUGAAACGGUUAGGAACAUACUGAAUGAAUACAGUAUCAAAUGUCGUAUUGUUGCACCAUUCCAUCAUAUGGAUAUAAGCAGUAGUUAAUAAAGAAAACAAAUCAUUGACUGUUAAUGAUAAUUAUUAAAAGAUAACUUUCUUGGUUUCCAUAGACUUAAAAUUCCUUCCUAAGAAAUAUGCAAAUUAAAAUUUCAUAUUUACUACUGUACUUUUAAAAACGUCAAAACAAAAAUUAGAUGAUUUUAAUGAGAAUAUUUCUUGUUAAUUACAUAUGUAUAAUUACCUGUAGAUACAAGUGGACUAAUUUGAUCUCCGCCAAUAAUUGAUCAUAGAUCACCAGAAGAAA